AUGGUGUAUUGUUAUUAUUUAUUCUUUUCUUAUUUUAUUUUAUCAGUUAUUGCUGAUCCUUUUAUUGUGGUUCCAACAUUUUUCAAGAUUGGCGAAGUUAAUGAGAUACGGGUUCUUGGGGUGAGUUUUGUUUUUGAAAUAUUUGUUGGGGUAGUAAAUUACGGAAAACUAUUUCAAUCAACAAUACUGAAAUAUUGCGUUUUAUCGCUCAAUGUUUGAAUUUUCAAUUUCAUAUUUGGAAAAGAAGUGUUCAAAAACCUCACACUAUUUUUUUCGGAAUUCAGAAUCAGCUGUUAGGGAAUUCUAAGAAAAAUCUAAAAAUAACUGCUUUAUCAAAAUUGAUCUGAAACUUCAGUAUAUUCCAUUAAAGGAAUAGAGCAACAUUUUUCAAAAAAAAUAAAAAAUCUUUUGUUUUAUUAUUUCACCGUUUAUCAAACACACCAACUUAAUUAUAAAAAUUAAUUAUGAAGAAAUAAUUGAAUUCGAAGCGUAUUGUAAAACGUUCAACUUUGAAAAUAAUUUUCAAACAUUUUCAGCACAGCUCAGAUAAAUGCGUCAUUUUAAUAAACAAAGAGCGGACAAAUGCUUGUAAGUUAUUCGAUUUUCAUUUUUUUUUCUUGUUUACAACUGCUCAUAUUUUCAGGUCAUAAAAGUUAUGUUCCUCAAGAAAUUGGUAAUGGUAAUGCGCCUGUAAAAAUCAUAGUAAAUGAUGUUCAAAAAUUUGACAAAAACGUUGACAUUCGAACAAAUCUUGCCAAAGUUCACAUUCAUUUGGACAAACCAAUUUAUAAAGUCAAUGAUUAUGUGAAUAUUCGCGUUUUACCGUUAACUCAUUCUGGAGAUGUUUAUCGACAUUCUCUCAAAAUUUAUUUUGUGGUGAGUUUUCGAUUUUUUUGAUGAACUAGUUUUUAAAAAACGGAAACAGUGAAAACUAUUGAUAUUGAAGCUUUUAGUAAAAAGAAACGUUACCUGUUAGGAACGACAUAGUUAGUUUUUUCGUUUUUUCUUUUGAGAAAUAAACAAAUCAUAGGGUGACGGGUUUCGUAGUCACAUCGUGAGUUUUUGCAAUAUUCUGUUUUUGGUUUUUUAUUUAGUUAGUUUUAAAACGAACGACAUGUUGAAAACUUUUUCAUUUAUCAACGUUUCGGUAAUUCAUACAGGGACGAUACCUGGAAAUUACUCGUUAAAGAACAUAAAUGAAGCAAGAGUGGAAAUAAUGAAAAAUUUCGAAAGAAAACAUAGUAUAAGAUACAAAACGGAUAAAAUAUAAAUAAAAAACCAACUCCAUCUAACAACUCACUACGACACUCCACUUUGCCCUUUGUUUAACGGAAAAUGUGUUUCUUCAUUUUAUUUAUCAAUUAUUCACCUUUUCGGUUUUCUCCCAAAAAAAUGUGUGUUUCACAGAGUUUUUAAGUUUUUAAAUUCUACAAUACCCGUUUUGAAUCUUGUACUUUGUUUGCUUUUGAAAUUUUUCAUGAUUUCCACUCUUGCGUCAUUUAUGUUCUUUAACGAGUAAUUUCCAGGUAAUUGUCCCUGAUGAUGGUAUAAAUUAGCGAAACGUUGGUGAAUGAAAAAGUUGUCGUUCGUUUCAAAUCUGGCUGAAUAAAAAACCAAAAACAGAAUAUUGUAAAUAAAAAAUUAUUUUUUUUCAAACAAUUUCAAGCUUUAUUUCAGAACGGCAAAGGAUUUGCUGAAAACGCAACAAUUAAAACAAUCAAAGUCAAUCAGGAUUCUUCAAUCAUCGCUGAAUCUAUCCAAAUUCCGAGCUUCACAUUUUUCGGAGAUUGGAAAGUUGUCUUACAUCCAAUUGGAUAUGAAAUUCAAGAAUUUGUGCAAUAUUUCCGAGUUUCCGACUAUAUACUUCCAAUUUUCACAUUAUCAGGCCAAAUUCACGAAACAACAAAGAAAGAUAAUGUUACCUUCACAGUGGUUUCACGUUAUUCUCAUGGAAAACCUGUAAAUGGCAAUGUUUAUUUGUAUUGUCAGCGAAAUGGUGUACAAAAAACGCAAUUGAAAUCUGCAAAGGUUAGUUCUUUUUAA